AUGAUCGCUGAUGUUUGGGGCAAGAUCUUUGCUUCCGCUUACAGUAUCUGCCAAUACGCCCAAGUGCACCAUGGCGCUGGUCGCCAUCUGGGCGCCAUCCUCAAAACUAAACCAUCUGACAUCGUCGAAUCGCAAAAAUAUGCCUUCGUCGCGUCAAUAGUCGCAUUGCUCGCCCUCUCACUCCCCAAGCUGAGCAUCUGCGUCACCUAUCUGCGCAUCUUCAACACAGAUGUCCGCGGCCGACAACUCAUCCAGGGCAUCAUUGUUAUCGUCCUUGUACCGCUCGUGCCAUUUCUCUUCUUUAUGAUCUUCCAGUGUAAACCUAUUGAGGUUUAUUGGACCGAAGGCCGGCCCCUCGAUAAAUGCUCUGAGGACAUCUUAGGUCUCUAUAUUAGUGGAGGUCUCAACGUUUUCGUCGAUUUUGCACUUAUAGCCGUUGUUCUCCCUAGAGUUCUUAAAUUGCAACUAAAUGCGCGACAGAAAUGGGCUCUAGGUGGAAUUAUUGGACUGGGUUUCUUGGCUGCUAUGGCGGGCUUGACGCGUAUGAUUCGAGUCGGUACGACGCUUGUGAAACCAAACUUUGACGCUACUUGGGAUGCGUACGAUAUCUCGAUCUGGACAUCUACCGAAAUAUAUGUCAGCUUGAUUUGCGCGUCGGCUCCCGGUAUCAAGCCACUCGUGGCAAAGAUGGUGCCGAAGCUCUUGGGAUCGUCGCUCUCGAGCCGGGGCGGGACGAAGACGACGAUAUAUCCCGCAGGCUCGAUAAACAUGGGACUAAAGUCAAGAAGAGGCACGAUAGGGAGCAAUAGAGUGCGACCCAAAGCGCGCGACACGAGCGUGGGAGUUGACGAGGGCUUCUACGAGCAAGUUGAGUCGGGUGUGGACAGGCCGUCUUUCGACGAGCGGAAAAGCGCAGAGGACGUGGAUUUUCCAAUAAUGGGGAUUUUCAAGACACAGGAGUUUUCGAUACGCUCGAGCGUCGUCACGGUGACACGGGAUGUGCGAUGA